AUGGCCUAUCCGAAUCCCGGAGAUAAACGGCUGCCGCAUCUGAGAUCCACUCCACCUGGCGGUGGCGGAUCAGCCUACACGGCGAUUGCCGCUGAAUUGUUGGUCGAGAAGCGUCCUCAACAAUGGACUGGGAGUUCUCCGAGCCUUGCUUCGCCGAUAAUCAAACAGGAGCCCAGCGAGUCCUUGAACAGGUUGAGCCUUGAAGACUCUGUCAGACCUUUCCAACAGGCCAAAGAAAUAAGACCAUUCAAACGCCCAGCAGCCGAAACCGAAUGGCGACCCAGCAAGAUCGGACCGCGCUCGGCCUCUCCAGCCUACUCUCCCGGCCGCCAUGAGGACGAUUUCUCACACAUUCACUCUCCACCCCCCACCUCGAGUAGACGGUCGCCUUCAGCAAGGGGCUACCAAUCCGCUCAGCAGACGCCCGUCUCCUCUCCGGGGCCGGGGCCACACCAGUUUGCUACCUUAGCGCGUCAGAACAGUCGUACUCUGGCUCAGCACGCAGAGUCGGAAAGGAGAAGCUAUGAUGCACGGCCCGCGUCGGCUCACUCGUCCCAGGAUGAUUUCUCGGCCGAGGCAGACAUCAAACCUUUACUCCAGCCUGAAACCCGGUCCAUCUCCCUGGAACAGCUCGUCAACGAGGUCAAGGGCAUCUACGCUGGCCUGGUCAUGGUCGAGAAGAAGUGCGUCGAGAUAUGUGCGCAACAAGCUCAAACCACCACCAAACUCUCCAACGAGCAGUGGCAGGCGUUGAUCGCCUUACAUCGCACCCUCCUCCAUGAGCACCAUGAUUUCUUCCUAGCAUCCCAACACCCGACAGCAUCACCGGCAUUGCGGCGCCUGCCCACCAAGUAUGCAAUGCCGGCCCGCAUGUGGAGACAUGGUAUCCAUUCUUUCCUUGAGCUACUUCGUCAUCGUCUUCCGUACUCUUUGGAGCAUAUGCUAAGCUUUGUUUACCUCGCGUAUCAAAUGAUGGGGCUUCUCAUGGAAUCCGUGCCCGCUUUCCACGAGACCUGGAUAGAAUGUUUGGGCGACUUAGCUCGCUAUCGGAUGGCUAUCGAGGAAGCUGACCUAAAAGAUCGAGAGACGUGGUCCAACGUGGCUCGUAUGUGGUACCAGAAGGCCGCAGACCGCUCGCCCGACACUGGGAGGAUCCAGCAUCACCUUGCAGUUCUCGCCAGGCCCAAUAUUGUCUGCCAGUUGUUUCACUACUCAAAGGCCCUUAUCUCUGUCGACCCGUUCCCCAACGCCCGGGAUUCCAUUAUGCUAUUGCUUAACCCCUUAUUGGACGCGUGCUCAGGCCAGAAGUCUAGGUUGGAUUCGACCCAUUCCAAAUAUUCAAAGCUCGAGAGUUCUCUGGUGACUGCCGCCGGUCUUCUGUUCACCAAGGGUUCCAUCGACCAGUAUUGCUUUCAGGUUGACCGGUUUACAUUAGAAUUGGAGAACCACAUAGCACGAUCCGGUGUCAAUUGGAAGGUCCAGGGACCCGAGGUGGCUUCUGCGCUCAUUGCCUUCCUUCUCGACUAUGGGUUGGAAGAGAACUACCUAUGGAAAUCCUUCCGUGCUAACCACGAUAGACUUAAAGGCUGCCAGAUCGAUCAGCAGCAGCAGCAGCAGCAGGAAUGCAGCUCCACGAUCACCCCCGACCCCAUGGCCAAACAACGCAUUCACCGCGAAUUCUGGGAACAAAAUGGAUCCAUCAAUGUAAGCGACUUCCGACAGGCUCCUCCACCUCCGGAACAUCGUGUCAAUGUCAACUUUACAUCGGCGGAUGAAGUUACCUCGUACGCUCUUCCCGUCUGGUCUAAGGCCAUCUCUAUUGUCGCUGCUAAGCUCGGGGACCGCAACAUCCUACCCUUCCUCCAUCUUACGUUGGCAUUUCUCUGGUCCCUGUCGUACGUUCCAGGUGCUCUGAUCUACGUCGAAAAUCAUGUUCCGUGGAGUGUGUUGGUCCUUUGUUUGAACAGUAUGAGCAGAUCCGGUGUGGUUGACGCGCACGUCGAGUCCACGGAGUUCCCUCAACAACAGUCGGGCACGGGAAGGCAGUUGCCCGAAGACUUUCCCAUCCGUGGCCUGGUCUGGGCGCCGUAUUAUUUCCCGUCGGACUUUUUUGAAGGGGAUGUGGUGGACGAAGAUGAGCGGCAAUUGGAACUGCCAAGCCACACAGCACCACGGACUGAACGGUGUCUCUGGCUGGGAGCUAGACUGGCAUCGUUGAAUCGCUACAUAACAUAUGACCGCUCCACAAAGCAAUUCGGCUGCACCAGCUUUGCUUUGUCGCUCUCGGAGAAUAUAUCGAUGUACACAUGGCGCGUUCAAACGCCCACCACCUCUGGACGUGAUCUGCAAAUGACCGACGUCCGGUUUUGAAGAGAUCAAGAAGCCGCGAGCGGUGAUCCUGGGUCGGCAAUGGGACCCGUUAGGCUGUUCCAACCUUGUGCUUGGAUCAUCGCUGCAGGUUUAUCGCACUUUGUCUCGUAGGGCCCAGAUUCUUGGAGUGCUCAAGAACUUUGAGUGAUUCUGCCGGAAUGAUCUCUUGCGAUUCUGACUCUAAUCUUAAGAGAGG